GAACCUGCCCGGGAAGAGACUGGCUAGGGAGGAGCCGGGCUGCCUGGGGACUCGGCAGAGGCCUCCCGCAGGGCCGCCCUCCUUCCCCACCUCCCCUCCCCUCCAUGGUCUGCUCCUGGCCGCCCUGAGGGUUCAGCCCUGGUCUGGCCUUAGUGCUUGUGGAGGUUUCCAGCUUUGGGAGGCCUUGCUCACCCCCACCCUUCUCUCUAGAUCCUGAGCUCAGCUGCAGACAGCCCACAAGGUCAUGCCCACGUCUGUGAUGAGACUUAGCCUCUUUUUGGUCUAGCUGGCAUUGGGUCCAGGUCCCUGGGGAAUGACCCACCAUCCCUGGGCAGGACGGCCCUUCCUGCUCUGAGCUCAAGGGCAGUGCUGGAGCGUAGAGCCUGUCACACACGCGUCCCACCCCUGCUGUGGCCAAGGGCCUCACCCAUUAAACCUCUGAGGCUUAGCGUGGGGGCUGAGCCCAGCAUCAGCCACCUGGCCGGUGCCCACUUGGUGGUCACUAACGAACCAGUGUGAGAUGGCAAACGUUGCCUCUCCUGUCUGCAUCUUUAACAGGCCCAGCCCACCACUUCUCCUGCCUGUACAUCAGACCCUCACUGGGAGCUCUGGAAGGACCUUCGUGGUUAUAGGCCCAUCCUGACGACCCAGAAUAACCCCACCCACCCAUCUCAAAAGAGCAGAUUAGCAACCUUGGGUCCCCCUCGCCUGGUAACGUACAUAUUUCAGGGGUCAGGACAUGGACAUCUACCUACUAAAGAGGCCCAGGGCCUCAGCUCAGCAGUGACAGCUGAGUAAGAAAGCCCAGGUUUGGCUGCAGACGGGCACCUCCUCAUUCCGUGGGGCUGUCUGAGGGAGUGUGUGGUUCUGGGCCCAGCCCUAGUUGCUGGGGCCCCAGGGCGCUAUCCAGGUUAUCUCCCCACUGCAGGCACACACUCAGAGCAGCCCAGGGGCCCCAGGGUGGAGAUGGCCCAACCGAGGCAGCUUGUGCAAGCCUGGGAAGAAGGCCCCACACCAGCAGAGGCAUGAGCCUCUUUCUGCUGCUCUGCUCAGCCACCCUGGCCACCACCAGCUUCCCCGUGGGGCAGGAGGUAGAAAUCACCCUUGAGACCUUCAUUGCCUACAGAGUCCUGGAGGUUUUCCCCAGAGGCCGUCGGGUUCUCAUAACAUGCCACUCACCCCAGGCGUCCCCGCCUGUCACCUAUACCCUCUGGGGGAGCCAGGACACUGAGGUCGCCAAGAAGGUGGUGAAGACCAGAGACCCGGCCUCCUUUAGCAUCAACAUCACACUCAAGUCCAGGCCAGAACUGCUCACCUACUCCUGCCAGGCGGCCUCCAACUGGGGAGUGCACAGGACCAGUGCCAAGCUGCAGAUGUACUGGGAGCUGUGGGCCAACCCCGUGUCCCAGCUGCAGGCUGACUUCACUCUCCUGGACAGAGGAGCAGGCCCCAGGGUAGAGAUUUCCUGCCAGGCGUCCUCGGGCAGCCCACCCAUCACCUACAGCCUGGUCAGGAAGGAUGGGCGCGUGCACAUGCAGCAGAGACCGAACCACGGGCAGCCUGCCAACUUCUCGUUCCCACUGACCCAGACGUCGGACUGGUUCCAGUGCCAGGCUGAAAAUUACGACAGCUGCCCCAGGCACCCACCUUCAUGUUGGCUGGCAGCCUUACCUCCAUUGCAGCUAUCACCUCUGGGAUGCUGGGCUGGACUGUGCGGACCAGGUAGGAAAUGGUGCUGGGUGUGGGGUCACAGUGAACUGCUGCUGGCCUGUGUGCACCCAAGGGGCCCUGGCUGGAGAGCAGCAGGCAGUGCGUUCAUAGGGCAGGGCUGCCACCAGGGCGAAGAGAGGACCAUAUCACUGAUGCAUAACUUCCAAGUUUUUAAGCCCUACUGUGUACUGAGUGCCUGCUGAGGGCUUGCACAUUUGUGGCUUUAUCUGACCCUGCCCAUUGCUCCCAGCUGCCCUACAAUGGAGUCAGCUGGCCUCUAGGUGGGGCUGAGGAGGGAGGCCAGAUGGGGAACAAUGCCAUUGGGACUAGGGUGGAGGAGGGGCUUCUGCCCUUCAUGGGACCCACAUAGUUCAGUGCUUCCUAUCUGGUGAAAAGGGCAAGACAUCCUGGGGACCCCUCUCCAAGGCCAUCACUUCGCUGGCUUGUGAAGUGACCAGGGCCUUUGUCCAAUCCCAGGCCCUGCAGGCCUCCGUGCUCCCCCUGCCUGGCCUUUGGCGGUGGUCACCUCUUUCUGGUGAACUUCUCAACUCCCUUGGUUUCUAAGGCACUGCUGUCAACAGGUCCUCAGCCUCCCUCCCUGGCCAGCCUCUCAGCAGACCCUGCCCAGGACCCUAUCCUUGG